GGGAGCAGCGAGAGCAGCGAGAGCAGCGGCAGAGUCAGGGCGGACGGUGAAGGCUCAUCGCCGUCGGUGAGAAGAGAGUGCAGACCAAAUUCAAUUCAAAAUUGAAAUUCGAGGGUUUUAGGGUGAAAUUGAAAUGCACGCAAUUUACACAUAAGAAUUACUCGGUUAAAAUACACGUAUUUCAUUGAAAUUCAAUUACAUUUUAUUUAGGCCUGAGCUUCAUCGUCCAUCGUCCAUCAUCCAUGAAAUGCUUCCUCUUAUUAAUAUAUAUGACUUGCAUGAUUUCACAAAACGGAUGAUCAAGCUUCUUCUUUCACGAUGUCUUCUUCCCCCUUGGAUGCAUUCGCUCUUUCCGCAUCGGAUGGAUCCCCUCGUCCUAAUAAGGCCGCAGAAGGCGCCCACCUUGGAGUCGGAUUUUUAGCUUUAAUAGUAGUUGGCACGACAACGGGGAUCCUCUCUCCAUUAUGUUAUCUUUGGCGUCGUCGUCGUCAAAGGAGAUUACAUGUUGAUGCGGAAGUUGAUGCACCUCCCAUGGAGAAGUUCCUGCAAGAGAUGGCCAAGGAGAAACCGGUGAGAUUCACUGCUCAGCAGCUCCGUGCAUUCACGAGUAAUUACUCGACCAGGUUGGGGUCUGGGGGUUUUGGAGUGGUCUAUAAAGGGCAGUUUUUGGAUGGGGUCAAGAUUGCAGUGAAGGUGCUUGGGAAAAGUUCUGAGAAAGCGGCAGAGGAGCAGUUCAUGGCGGAGGUAGGCACAAUUGGAAGAACAUACCAUAUUAAUUUGGUUAGACUUUAUGGUUUUUGCUAUGAUCAAAAUAUGAGUGCGCUUGUAUAUGAAUUCAUGGAAAGUGGCUCACUUGAUAAGUACUUGUUUGGGGAAAGGGAUACAAUUGAGUGGGAAAAAUUACAUGAAAUUGCAAUGGGAACAGCCAAGGGUAUUGCUUAUUUGCAUGAAGAAUGUCAACAGAGAAUCAUACACUAUGAUAUAAAGCCUGCAAAUAUACUCCUUGAUGCAAACUUUUUCCCUAAAGUUGCUGACUUUGGGCUUGCAAAGCUUUGCAAUAGGGAUCUUUCUCACGUCUCAAACACUGGUUACCGAGGAACUCCUGGUUACUCUGCUCCAGAAUUCUUGCUGAAAAACCAUCCCAUAACAUUCAAGUGUGAUGUGUAUAGUUUUGGAAUGGUGUUAUUUGAGAUAAUUGGGAGGAGAAGAAACACAGUUAUGACCUCCUCUGAAAGCCUUGACUGGUUUCCAAAGCAUGUAUGGGAGAAAUAUGAGAAAGGUGAAUUGGUUGAAAUGACCAAGACUUGUGAGAUGGAAGACAAGGAUAUAGGAAAAGUAGAGAGAAUGUCAAUAGUGGCAUUAUGGUGUGUUCAAGACUCACCAGAGGUAAGGCCACCAAUGAGUGCAGUGGUGAAGAUGCUAGAAGGAGGUGUGGAGAUCAUGCCACCUCCUAGACCCUUUAAUUAUAUGUACUCAGUAAGGAUGAAUGCACUCCAGCCACCAAUGAUUUCCACUAGUUCGAGUUUCUGCUCAAGUGAAGAAAACAAAUCUUAUUGGUAUAAAGAGACCACACCUAUAGAGAAGGAUGAAAUACAAAUCGUCACUCAUUGAUAGUAUUAAAAUCUAAGUUCCAAAAAGUUUAUGCAUGUUUUGUUUUAAUGGAUUGCUAUUAUGUAAAGUUUCUAUUGGGGCUAUGGCAUGAAAGUUGCAAAUGGAAGGAAAAUAAAAUGCAAAUGCAAUG